AUGCUUCUCCGCAAUGACAAGUCUUACAACGGCAUAUCCGACCCGCUCCAGAGUCUACCGGCUACGGCAUGUACCAAGCAGUAUUCCGGCAACCCCUCUCCGCUCGCUCGUCUACCACGCGAAUUACGCGACCAGAUCUACGAGUAUGCCCUAGGUGCCGACAUGAUGCGCAUAUUGAGCUUCGGCGAGACGAAGAUCAUAAUGCUGCCAAUAUACGCACCGCGUCGCGUGUACUGUGAUCAGGAAGACGGUCUUCCGACGUGGAUGCUAUCUAGCAAGAUGAUUCUGUCUGAAGCACUCGAAGUCUUCCACCGAACGCAGUGCUUUGAGCACAUCGACCUUGCGCCAUACGCCCAAUGGAAACUUUCGCCCACCCGGAGGAACCCCCUGGUAUUCAACCAAAAUAUACGUCACGUAAAACUCAACGAGCCACUCGAAGUGGUCGGAAAUUCCUUUCCAUUACCAAGUUCCUGGCAUCCCGGAUAUAACGAUACGUUUCUGAAGUGUCUUGCGUUAUGGAAUCCGCCGGAACUGGACGAGAACGGAAAGCUUUUGGAUAACGCACGAGCUUGGGCUGAGCCUAAGCUCGAGCACAAGAGACAAUAUUUCGCCGACUUAUGUCAGUCGAUUGAGGCAUGGGCGAGGGAAUUGGUUGGCGGAAGCACGCGCUUCUUACUGAAGAACGAGAAUGACGGAAGGAGCAAUUGGAAGAAUGGAACUCCUCCGGGAAAGUACUUUAGGGCCAUAUGCGAGGCGCAAAGACUCGGCUAA